AUACACAAGUUCGAAUCCCUGUAAGAGGAGUUAGCUUCAAACUGUUUGCUAGCUGCGGGAUUUACUGGCAUUUUAACUUGAUUUCCCGUUUGAUCAGUUUCCUUUCUAUCUGUGUAUAUUUAGCACUAAUGCAUGGCCCUGGUGGACUAGCGCGGUUAUUUGCCGAUGCUAGGUAAACGUAUCCUGCUAACUUCACCGCCGUUCUAAAUAUAAUAUAGGUUCGCUGUCCUGCAGACUCUGCAGCAGGGGCCCCGAGGAGACCCGCGGUGCAGACCUGGGGUCGGUUUGCACAAGUUUGCACGAACCCGGAAAAACCAGUUGGUUCGUGUUUGCACAGGCAAAGAAAAGUGAGUUUGUCCUUUUGCAGCAGUUGACGUGUCAGGGUUUUAUUUAACACAAGGGUCCGCGUGUUAAGAAGGAGGAGAAGACCAGGUCAGCUCAGAAGAACAAGUAACAUGUAAAAGGUGCCAUGAGCAGCGAGCUGAAUGUGCCUAUGGGCUCCCCGGCCCCGGGGGUCUCGGAGCACCCUCCCGAUGGGGGGGGGAUGGACUACAGGGACUGGGUGCGGCGCAGCUACCUGGAACUGGUCAGCUCCAACCACCACUCGGUGCAGGCCCUGUCCUGGAGGAAGCUCUACCUGAGCCGGGCCAAGCUGAAGGCCUCCAGCAGGACGUCCGCUCUGCUCUCCGGCUUCGCCAUGGUGGCCAUGGUGGAGGUGACGCUGGAGAUGAAGUACGAUUACCCCCGCGUGCUCCUCAUCGCCUUCAGCGUGUGCACCACCGUGCUGGUGGCGGUGCACCUCUUCGCUCUGCUGAUCAGCACCUGCAUCCUGCCCAACGUGGAGGCCGUCAGCAACAUCCACAACCUCAACUCCGUCAGCGAGUCGCCCCACGAGCGCAUGCACUACUACAUCGAGCUGGCCUGGGGCUUCUCCACGGCCCUGGGCAUCUUCCUGUUCCUGACGGAGGUGGUGCUCCUCUGCUGGAUCAAGUUCCUGCCCAUAGAAUCCUGCCUGGACAAAAAGGCCGACCCCGACAACGGCACGACGGGGGCCACAGCAAAGUGCAAGAACGUGGACCACAGCGGCUGGGACGCGGCGCUGGCCUCCACCAUCAUCAUGGUGCCGGUGGGGGUGAUCUUCGUGGUGUUUACCAUCCACUUCUAUCGCUCGCUGGUGCGCCACAAGACAGACCGGCACCACGAGGAGAUAGAGGAACUGCACAAGAUUAAGAUACAGCUGGACGGCCAUGAGCGGUCCCUCCAGACUGUGUGAUGGCCUCACAGCAGCUUUGAGAACUUCCACUUGUAUCUUAUUUUUAUCUAAACCUUCUCACCGCUCUGACUCCGGUCCGGGUCGUUGAUAUUGCCUUGCUCGGACUCGGAGGCUUUAACCCCCCCCCCCCCUCUCUUUGCGAUUCAAAUGGCUGUUACAUGUCAGGCCGCUAACUUAUUCUUAAGGUCAAUUUAUGUUGUAGGUUUCGUGCAGUUAGCUCGUCUGUUCGAGAUGUGUCGUUCAAAUACUAACGUUGAAAAAGGUUUACAGCAGAAGGGCUACUAGGUUCUAUGUGCCAUGUUGUUUCUGUCGUGUUGGCGUGGGAGCGUCGUGUGAUGAGCGGUUUCAUUCAGGGUCGAGUUCUACGUCGGCAAAAUAUUCCAGAUUCGCUCUGGAAUCCCUUAUUGAACUGUGCUCUGCCAAAGAUUAUAUGAAGACAAUGAAUGAAUCAACAGAGCGGCGUGAAUCUCUCUUUAAAUUCACACGACAUCAAUAAUUUACACUGAUUAAAUUAAUAACUGAGCCAGGAUCAGCAUUAGGAGCAAGAUGAAAAAUAAGAAAUGCCAAAGUAAAGUUUUUUCAAGUUAAGCAUUUAUAAAUAUUCAUUCAUCCAUUUAAAUCUUUCUUUUUACUCUUACUCAUAAAUGUGGAUUUUCACAAAUGUUGAAAGGAUUCGACAAGAGAAUCCAAAAAUUCAGAUUUCUUAGGAUUCAUAUUCAACGAGCAAAGACCAAAUCAGACUCUAUUCUGGAAGAAUGAUGGGUUGAUCGAACAAGUUAAAGCCUAAACCCCCCAAUGCAAACUAUGAAGAGGCUGAGAAAAGCGUGAUCUCACAAUGUUAAAGGGAUCAACAACAACAAAAUGUGUUAUCCUGAAUCUUUGUCGGGGAUCUGCACCUAAAUUGUGUUCUUUUCUUGACACUUUCUGAUUUGCGUUACCAAGUUUCGUGGAAAUCUGUUACUUUAGUUUUUGC